CGGCCAUGGACGGCUAGUCGUGCGCGUGCUCUGCUCUCGGUCACGCGGGGCCGCCCCUGCAGAGCCCAAGCGCUGGCAAAGUGAGUAAGAGUGGCUGCCUGGUUCCAUCACACAUCUACACAAAGAGAUCAGCUACAAGAAUUCACUCACCAUGGCGUAUGGCUUGCCAAGAAGGAAAACGGUGAAGAGUCUUUUGUGGGGCAGUUGUUAUAAUGUACAGGAACCUUGGGAUCUUGCACUACUUACAAAGACCUGGUAUGAAAACCUAGCCAAAAUGAAGCUGCCUUUCUUGGAAGAAAUUUCAUUUGGAAAUCUUGUGCGCCUGAAGAAUUGUAAAGCUGUUGCAGAAAGCCUGUUCCCUUCUGCAGAAUGCAUCAAAGUGGAAAGGGACUAUGAAAUAAUACGCCUGAAUAACCUGAAACGCCAAGAGAAAGCAGCGGAAAAGAUUCAGUGCUCUCUCAGGGAGAAACCCGUGGGUUUGCGGAGACCGCUACCACCCAAGUGCGAGUUUCCUAAUUGAAGCUGGACUCUGCAUUCUGCCUCCUGGGGUCGAAGGGCUGCAGGUGCACUGGCUGGGGCUUGGUGCGCAGGCGCGGAUGUCCUUGCUGGGCGAGC